AUGUUUUCAUUUAUUUUAUUUGCUUUUAUUCUGGGUUCUACUAAGGCGGAUUUAUGUUAUCAAACAGAUAUCGUCAACAAAUGUGUAAAAGAUGGGACAACUCCUUGUUCAAAUGAAGUGAUUAUCGAAUCAACAGCUCCAAAUAAAAUAUGCGAAAAUGGGUUUAAACACAAUCAGCAAAUAACCAGUAUAAAAUAUCAAGGAACCGACAAAUUAACCAUCAAAGCGUCUGCAUUUGAAGGCGCUACAAAAUUGAUUUCUGUAUCUGCAACAGGAGGAAUUGAAGAUUUAGAAAUAUCAGCAUUUAAAGAAUGCACUUCUUUGACAACAAUAGAUUUGAGUCAAGUUAUUAUUAUACCAGCAAGUUGUUUUGAAGGAUGUACUUCACUUAAAAAUGUUAAAUCUAUGGAAAAUGUUCAAUAUUUUAACAACUUCGCUUUUUUCGAUAGUGGUUUGGAUACUUUGUCUUUUGGAAAUAAUGUUAAAAAGAUUGGUAAUUAUGUGUUUAAAAACACCAAACUGGAAAGUGUUAGUCUUCCAGUGAAUAAUCCAUCUGAAGGGUUUGGUACAAAUGUUUUUGAAAAUUGUGCAAAGUUAACAACUGUAGAUUUCGGAGGAGUUACCAUACUACCUGAAUACACAUUCAGUGGUUGUGUUGAGCUCACAACAUUAACUAAUAUUGAAAAAGUGACUCACUUCAAAGAAAAAUGUUUUUACUCUUCAAGAAUUUCUGAAAUAACUUUUGGUUCAAUUGUGUCCGAAUUUGGUUCAAAUGCAUUCUCCUUGACACAAUUAUCUUCAGUGACUUUGCCAAAUCAAAUUGAGUCUUUUGGAAUUGGAGUGUUUGAAAUGUGUAUAUCAUUAACAGAAGUAAAGAUCAAUAUGAACUUAAACAUCCCAAAUAGAACAUUUUAUGGUGACUCAAAAUUAGAAAAA